CGGAAGAAGAGAAGAAGAAAAAAAAAAGUUCAAAAAACCACUUAAGCCUAGUGGCGUCAUUGUCAGUUGUCACCGCGAAAAGUACUCUUCUAGAUUUUCCUCGGAGUGUUGUGGCAAAGCGACCAACGGCGCGAUGACCGGAGAGGCGGCAGAAGUAGCUGGGGAGAUGAGCACCGGCGUGUCCAUCGAUCUUCUGAAGACGAAAUUGGCAGAGUUUGCAAAGGAAAGGGACUGGGAUCAAUUUCACAGCCCCAGAAACGUCCUCCUGUGUCUGGUUGGGGAAGUUGGGGAGCUAUCAGAAAUAUUCCAGUGGAAGGGGGAGGUGGAGAAGGGACUGCCAGGGUGGACGGAAGAGGAAAAGAUUCAUCUUGGGGAGGAGCUCUCCGACGUGCUGCUCAACGUUGUGAGGCUCUCUGAUGUCUGUGGCAUUGACUUGGGGAAAGCUGCUCUCCGUAAGCUCCAGCUUAAUGCGAUUAAGUACCCUGCUGACAUCGAUUACACCAAUGGCUACGAAAGUAAGAAAAAAAUGGGUGCCACCACCACUACUACAGAGGUGCAGAAAUAGAGCAGCAUAAGCAAAAAUACAAAGAAGCAGGAUGGAGUAAAAGCUGUUUUCUCAGUGUUGUUUGCCAAAGUAGUAUUUAAUAAGAGGAAGUGAAAAGAAGAGAGAAAAUGCAGGGGAUAGUUGUUGUAAUUGACUUAUUGCUUAGCUACCUUUCAAACUAGACAGUUAUUGGUGAUAUUUAUUAUUGUGUUGUUUUACAAAUGAUCACCUGAAUUGCACUAUGAAAGAUUAGUUACAAAGAGGGAC